AUGUGCUCACUUUGGAGAGCACAGGACAGCACAGGCCCUGUACAACGCUGUCGUGCUUGCUACUCCUCCCCUGCCACUGCUGCUAUUGGCAGGCUGCUACUGCCCUACCUGUUGAAUGAGCUGUCGGCUUUUGCCACAGUAGCUGACCUGGUUACCCACCUGCGCGCUAGCGACGCUCGCUACCGCGCUACCGUCCCUGCUGAGUUCCUUCCCACGAACCAGCCCCCCAUGUUCAUCACCCUCUACUUCAUAGUCACUCGCCUCCCUGACUCCCUUCGCUCUGUCAGGGACCACUUCCUCACCUUCGACCCCACCUCCCUCACUGUUGACCUCCUCGAGCAGCAUCUCCUCGUAGCUGAGACUAGUGCAGUUGCUGUAGGUGCUGCUCGUGGCACUCCGCGCUCGCCCUUCUUUGAGGGGUGCUCCCCCUCCCCCCUUUCCUCCUCCUUUGCCUGUGCUGCUGCUGCAGACGUCUCUGUAGUGGAGGAGGCAGCGGUGGUGGUGGAGGUGGCAGUGGGAGCGGUAGUGGGGGCAGCGGUAGAGGAGGUGGAGGCGGUGGAAUUGGUGGCGGCGGUGGGACUGGUGGCGGCGGUGGCAGCAACGGAGGGAGUGGCGGCAGUGGAGGCGGUGGGAACGGUGGUGGUAGGUAUAGUGGCUGCUGCUCUAGGUGCUAGUGCGUCUGGUACUCCCCCUGGUACUGCGCGUGCUGAGGCCUUGCACACCUUCACGUUGGACUCCGGCGCCUCGCGCUGUUUCUUUCGUGACAGCACCACUCUCACUCCUCUUCUUGCACCUGUUCCGGUCUUCACCUCCCCUCGUUCUCUACAAACUUGGUGA